UUGAAUGGUCCAGUUCAUUUAACCAACGAAGAGGAAGUUAAAAAUUUCAUAAAGGGAGAACACCCUAAACCGUUCCACAAGUUUACACCUAGUUCUGUUCUCUUGUUGUCAUCAGCAGAGGAAUCAGAUGAGAAACGUGUGUUUUUCCGAGUCUCUAAGAAUUGGUCUAUAAUUACUGCUUUCGGUUUUGUCCGUGGUGAUGUGGCCAAAUCUAUAGCUAAAGUUUAUGGAGCUGCGGUGCCAUCAGUUGUAGCUUUCCAUCGCAGUGACCGGAACAAGCCAAUGAGAGUCUUGAAUGAGUGGUCAGAAACAUCACUGACAAACUUCGUGAAAAAUUCCGUCAUUCACACCGUGCCAAAACUAACAGCCAUGAACUUGCCAACCCUGUUUGCCAGGAAGCAGCCAUUUGUUAUUUUGUUCUUGGACCCAUCUGACCCAGAUUCAAAGGUAGCCAAGGAAACGUUUACACAGCUGGCUAUGAUUGGUCAGUUUGAUAAUGUUACUUUCUGCUGGGUGGACGCCCAGACUAAUACAUUGGGGGAGAAGAUCUUGUCGGAGUACACCUGGUCGGCCACAUUGCCCAUGAUAACUGUGGUUGAUCAUGGGAAAGGAGAAGUGUUCAACUAUCAGCCGCAGCUGCUGAAGCUGGAGGACACAGUUGAGUGGCUAGCUGGAGUGCUGGCAAACAAAAUGAGGCCAUCAAAAAUGCUGCAGUAUGCCAGGUGGGGUCCUCCAGGCCCCCACUACGACUUCCUGGCCAAGAUGGAUAAGACUGAGAAAGGUAAGCAACAAAAGUUGAGCUCUAAGUCUGAAGAGGAACCAGUAAUUGAUCCUGAUCAAGAUGGGGUGCUGGAUCCUGAAACACAGGGGAACUUCCGAGUGCUGCAGAAAUCCAAGAUCUAUCACCAAAAUCUGGAACAAGAUGGACAGACGAACGUGCACCUAGUGAAACAAGAACCUCAACACACAGAGCUGUAA